UUGGGCGGUUGUCAGGGAGAAACAAGAUGGCGGCGGCGGCGGAGGAGGACACGGAGCUGCGGGACCUGCUGGUGCAGACGCUGGAAAGCAGCGGGGUGCUCAAUAAAAUCAAGGCAGAGUUGCGAGCAGCUGUUUUUUUGGCAUUAGAAGAACAAGAGAAAGUAGAGAACAAAGCACCUCUGGUAAAUGAAAACCUGAAAAAUUUUUUGAGUACAAAAGAUGGUCGUGUGGUGGCAGGUCUUGUUGCAGAAUUUCUACGAUUUUUCAAUCUUGAUUUUACGCUGGCUGUUUUUCAGCCUGAAUCAAGCACACUAAAUGGUCUGGAUGAUCGAGAAAACUUAGCUCGAGAUUUGGGAAUUACAGAAGAAGGUACUGCAGGUGGUCCCCUAUUGCUGGAGGUUGUUAGAAUGUGUCAGCAGAAAAAGAUAUCAGGCAAUGAAGAAGUUGCCCCAGUUCUAAGUGAUGGCCUGUGCUCCACAUCAAAAUCGUCUGAUGGAAGAUCAAGUACACACCCCAUACCGAGUAAGGUUACUGAAGCUACUCAAAGCGAUACGAGUGUCUCGUCAGGAGAAGCCAGCAAAAGAAGCAUUCAUUUUCUGCCUAAUGAAACAAAACUAGAUCCUCAGUUGCAAAACAAAGACUUAAAUACCAAAGAAAAAAGUGAUCCAGGUGUGGAUGAAGAUGAUAUAGAGGGAGAUUCUUUUUUUGAUGAUCCUAUACCCAAACCAGAAAGAACUUAUGGCUGGAAAACUGAUUCCAAUAAAGCAGAAGGUCUAGCAUCCCUUUCUGAUGCACCACCUCUGAAAAGUGGGUUAAGUUCUCUGACUGGUGCACCUUUGCUAAAGGAGUCCGAUGAUUUAAAUAGAAAUUCUGUUUUAAAAGACCUGCGCUUGGUGAAUGCAAAACUGGGAUCUUUAGAAUUAGGAAAUGGAGAUGAUGAUGAGUACGCUGAUGACUUCAACAGUGCCAGCCAUCGCUCAGAGAAAAGUGAUAUCAGUAUUGGUGAAGAAAUAGAUGAAAUUUCUGUGGAAACAGAAGACUUGAAUGCCAGUGAUAAACUUGAAGACAUCACACAAGACCAUACCAUUUCUCAGUUCAGUGAUGUUGCAGAUUAUCUAGAAGACGUGGCAUAGAAUUGGACAGCAAAAACGUUUCAUUGUGCUGGACUAGAAGACGACUGUGGACUGUUGAAUUCAGACAAUCACUUUUUGCUGGAACAUCCACUCCCUAUUUGUGCCUUGUUUAAUAAAGACUGUAGGUGGAGAGGGCUUCUUUACAAGUUGUAAAUGAAGUGUUGUGUUCCCAUUUGAGUCUGAUAUUGGAAUUACUUUUUUCGUUUGGUUCAGCCAAACCUUUCACAGCAGGAGUUGGAUUUUCCAAGCAGGAUGUCCAUUGCUGGCAAUGGGCAUAAUAAAAAGCAGUCUACAACAAAACAUCUACAUGGAGUCAUGUGGCUUUAUAAUGAACUUGCACUGUUAUUGUAACAGUUUGAAACGUUUUUAAAGAUAACCAAAGCAAGAACCUUCAGAGGUAGUGCUUCAACUUCUGCCUCUUUUAAGAGUUUUGUCCAGUCAGUAUGUCAUACACAUUGAUAGUACAUCUAGCCACUGUACCUGAGCGCUCCAGACUUACUUGAAACUACUGUUUUUCAGACUUUUUUGAAAGUUGGACUUUUUAAAGACUUAUCAAGUUGAGCAUAUCUAAAUUUAGCUAAGUUUAGGAGCUAAAUUUAGUACUAAUCUUAACUGAAUAUUCUUGUUUAAAUAUGUUUGUCAGACCAUUGAUGUUAAGACCUAAACUGUUUUUAUGUAUGAUGAUUUCAUUAGCGUUAUUGGUUGUUAAAUCAUGAAAAUUGAUUAUGUAAGGAUCCACAAAUCAUUAAAUAUAUAUAUAUUUUUUAGGUUUUUAACAGUGUGGGAAUGGUUUGUGGAGCUGUUAUUGUUGAGGGCUCUUCCUUUGCUGUAAACUCAUUUCUAUUCCUGAAAAUCCUUGCUGUGCAAAAAUGGGCGCCAAAAAGUGAAACCACGAACUGUUUUUCCGAUUCUGAUUGCCACAGAGAAAUAAAUUCAGAUAUUUAGAACACCGUACUGAAGACAUUAUCAGUGCUAAGUUCUAGCUAAAAGCAAAUUUCAGUGUAUUCAUUAUAUUCUUGCAAAACAGAGUCAGUAAUGGAAACAGUGACAGUUCCUUAAUGAUGCCAUUUUGCAAAGCGCUGCUGUAAUAUAUAGGUCAUGGACAUUAGUAGUACUGAAACAAGACUUUGAAAUGUGCACUUUCUGAACAUUGUGAACACAUUUGGAAAAUAUACAUGAAUAUAAAUAACUUAUUUUUUUUCUUUUUUAACACUUUGUAAUUUUCUUUUUCCAGGAAAACUGUUGGCCUCUCAUCAGUGGCCGCCUCAGAAGUAGCAUGCUAAACUAAAGCCAUUGGUUAAGUAAAUAGAGCUGCUACUAGCAUUGGAUGCUGAUUUGGAUCUUUCUUGCACUGGGCCAGCAGGCAUGGAGCAGUGCUGGAAAGUUAGGCUUUUGUAGUACAUAAAUAAUGAGAAGAGAGGAGAAAAGUUGUGCCUUUUAUUUAUGUGCGCCCCAAAAUAAGCCAGCAAAAAGCACCAAAACAUUUGGUCACCUUUAACUUCUGACUUUGUGCCAUGUUGUAGCAGCUUAACAGGAGAAUUUUUUUACCCCGAAAAUCCAUGUGCCAUGGGCUUCAGGUAACAACGAUAUUUUAAGAAAUAACGUAGUGUGUAAAAAUUACUUGAACUAUGGAGGAACAUUGUCUCAAAAUACUACAUGUUAGAAGGUAUUUUUUCUGAUUGAAAUCUUUUUAAGGUGAGCAAUGACAUGUCUGAAGGAUGUAAAAUUCAACUUGAGCGCAUGGGAACAGUGAAUUGCUGGCAUUCAUUUUUAAGGUGUGUGGAAUAAUGUAGACAGUGCCAUUUGCAUUUUUCUGUGUCUUGGGAAAAUGUAGUUUUGUUCCCUGUUAGCUGUAGGAUCUCUUGCAAUUUGUCAUACCAAAAGAAGCUAAAACUAUUAAAUUAUUUCUAAUUGCAUAUGGAGAUGUGGCCUUUAACUAAUUAGAUACUUUAAAUGUUAACAUGACUUCUGUUAACAGCAAAGUGUUUUCUCUUUCCUUGGGGACUGAUUGGAGACCUUGCACUUUGAUUCUCAUUUAAGGAAAUGCCAAAAAGUGGUAAGUCUCCUGUGAGGUUUUGCUGAAUUGUAUAUAAUAACUUGCAAAAUAAAGCUAUUAUGCUGGCUAAA